ACAUGCAGUGACAGUCUCUAGCUAACAGCACGCUCCAGCGUGCCGGAAGUUUUAUGUGUGAUAUUUCCUUUAUUAUUAAGAAUUAUAUCACUUAUGAAGUUCUUCUUUUAUGCUUAAUAAAUUAGUGAUAUUUAUAAAAAAAAAUACGUAUGUAUAAUAUAAGUGAAUCUGUUUUUCAUAUAUACUAUUAAAUUAUAACAUCGUGACCUUGUUGUAUCUAUAAGAAAAGCUACUAUAAAAGGCAAAUUCUGAAUGCUUCAUGAAUGUAGUUAUUUAAAUAUCAAAUAUUUAGAAAACAGUGUUCUGUGAUUACUUUCAUUAUUGUGUAAUGUAUAUAUACAUAUGUAUAUAAUUUAUGAAUAUAUAUUAUUUAUAUUGAGUGAUGUUUAAGUGAUCUAAAAAAAAGAAAAAACAUAUAGUGACGUUUCAUGCGUAAGAUCUGAAAAUAACUAAAGUAAGGAUGGAAGAUCUGGUAAUAAACGGCAUGAAGGAUGUUAAUAGUGGAACCAAUAGGAUUUAUUACGAAUUAGAUGGUGAAGGUGACGCUGAUAGUUCAACAACACCGCAUAAUGUCGAUCAUCAUCGUGACCGAAGUGAGAGUCCAGUUUUUGGUCUGGAAGGUGGAACAGGUACAGGUGGUGGGACUUCUUUGAGACUCGCAUCGCAUGAAUUACCUAAUGAAAUUUCUGCUCCAUAUGAAGUUCCACAAUUUCCAAUUGAACAAAUUGAGAAAAAACUUCUGAUACAAAGACAAUUAACCGUCAAAGCUGCCAAGGAUUUAGAAGAACGUCGUAGCCAUUAUGAACCAUCACUCGGACCUGGUAUACCAGAUGAUGUCGAUCAUCACUUUAAUCUCGAAGAAAAUGACUUUGUCCCACACUUUCAGAGGGUAUCCAUAUCUGGUGAAGAUACUUCCGGGGUACCUUUGGAAGAUUUACAGCAAGCGUCCCAGAUGUUAGUUCAAGCAUUGGCAAUACGUGAAAAAUACAUGAAUAAUUCUAAACAGAGUUUUCCUUCUAUAACAUCACGGUUUUUACGCAGCAUCGAUAAAAGACCAGUGAGCAGUGACGAUGAAGUUCAACAUGAUGAUCGUAAAGCUAUCGCUGAUCAUCCUGUACAUGCACCUGCAUCUCGAGGAGAUCCAUGGAAAUGUGAAUUUCCUCCAGCAAAGAAUUAUAUAAUUGCUCCUGUCAAUGGUGUUUUUAAUGUAUAUGCAAAUGAAGAAGAUCUCACCGAUGGAAAACCAAUUCUUUAUUCAUAUCCUGAUUUAGCAACUUUUGUCAGGGACAUGAAUCUUCUUUGUACAAUGAUCGCCGAUGGUCCAUUAAAAUCCUUUUGCUAUAGAAGACUGAGUUAUCUUUCAUCAAAAUACCAACUACAUGUGUUAUUGAAUGAGCUUAGAGAACUUGCCAGUCAAAAAGCAGUUCCUCAUAGAGAUUUCUAUAAUAUCAGAAAGGUUGAUACACAUAUUCAUGCAGCAUCUUGUAUGAAUCAAAAACAUCUGCUUAGAUUUAUUAAGAAAACCUUAAAGAAUCAUGCAGACGAAAUUGUAACAUGUUCUAAAAAUAAAGAAACAAUGACCCUUCGAGAAGUAUUUCAAUCAAUGAAUUUAACAACUUAUGAUCUUAGUGUUGAUAUGUUGGAUGUACAUGCAGAUAGAAAUACAUUUCAUAGAUUUGAUAAAUUCAAUGCUAAAUAUAAUCCUAUCGGUGAAAGUCGUCUCCGUGAAGUAUUUCUUAAAACGGAUAAUUAUCUAAAUGGUAAAUUUUUCGCAAGUAUAAUUAAAGAAGUUGCCAGUGAUCUCGAAGAAUCGAAAUAUCAAAAUGCGGAGUUACGUCUUUCGAUUUACGGUAAAAGUCCAGAAGAAUGGGACAAAUUAGCAAAAUGGGCAAUUCAAAGCGAUGUAUAUUCGGAUAAUGUACGCUGGCUUAUUCAAAUUCCACGACUUUAUGAUAUUUUUAAAUUGAACAAAUUGAUGACAAACUUCCAAGAGAUAUUGAACAAUAUCUUUCUUCCUCUUUUUGAAGUGACAAAUGAUCCUAAUUCUCAUCCAGAAUUACAUAAAUUCCUUCAAUAUGUAAUAGGAUUUGAUUCCGUUGAUGACGAAAGUAAACCCGAAAAUCCUUUAUUUGACAAAGACGUUUGUCCACCUGCAGAAUGGGAUGAUAUUGAAAAUCCUCCUUAUGGAUAUUAUCAAUAUUAUACUUAUGCAAACAUGACUGUUCUAAAUCAUUUCAGAGCAGAACAAGGUUUAAAUACCUUUGUUCUUAGACCUCAUUGUGGUGAAGCUGGUCCCAUUCAACAUCUUGUCUGUGGUUAUAUGAUGGCAGAAAAUAUUUCUCAUGGUCUUUUACUUCGAAAAGUGCCUGUAUUACAAUAUUUAUAUUAUUUAGCGCAAAUUGGGAUUGCAAUGUCACCUCUUAGUAAUAAUUCUCUUUUUUUAAAUUAUCAUCGUAAUCCAUUACCUGAAUAUUUAGCUAGAGGAUUAUGUAUAAGUCUUUCUACAGACGAUCCUCUUCAAUUUCAUUUUACUAAGGAACCUUUAAUGGAAGAAUAUAGUAUUGCUGCACAAGUAUGGAAACUUAGUUCAUGUGAUAUGUGUGAACUAGCUCGAAAUUCAGUACUUAUGAGUGGUUUUCCACACAAGAGUAAACAAUACUGGCUUGGGCCAAAUUAUACUAAAGAGGGUGUGGCUGGUAAUGAUAUUACUCGAACAAAUGUACCAGAUAUUCGAGUGGCCUAUCGAUAUGAAACAUUAGUCGAUGAAUUAUCGAAUAUCUUUAAAGUUGUUGAAAAACCUGAAGCCGUUCCAUUUUAA